GCUUAGCUCUUGGAUGCCAUUAUUGCAAUGGGAAUUGGGAACCGCAUUUAAUCCGUUAUAGACUAGAGAGAAAGAGAAAGGAUCCAAGGUGGCCAAAUGGAUGUCUACAAUUUUAAUUGAAGCUGUAGGUGAAUGAGCCACUCUUGACUAUGAAAACAAUCUCAUAAAGAUUACUUGGUAAUCACAAUUUUCAGUUGGCAACACCUAAAUAUUGAAGAUAGAUUUGUUGGAUAUUUUGUUUCGUGUUGAUAAUUAAGAUUAGCCUCUACUUCAUUCCUUUAAUGGCGUGGAUAUAAUUUCUAUAGAUAGUUAAGCCAGUGACGGCUGAGGCUGUCAUUGCCCAUAAUGGACUACGACCUUUUCUUCUUGUCUCUUUGGUCUAUCUCCUUCUCUUUUUCUCUGUCUCUCUCCUUCAAACAAAAUAUGUGAGAAAAAAAUGCCCUUCAAAAAGAGAGACUUUCUUUGGAUGGUUCCAUUUUUCUUCAACCAAAAGCGGCUAGAGACCACACACACUUAAUUGUUUCUCUCCUGGUGCCUUGAUUUGCCGUGGUUUUGCAUUGCCACCACGUUUUUGUAGGGAUUCCUACUUUGAUGAAGAAAGAAUUUCGACUCAAAGUUUUCAGAGUUCGGGAUACUUGCUGCUCCUUAUCUGUAUCAGAUUCUUGGAUUCUGAUUCUGUUAACUUGUUUGGUAACUAAUGACUAAGGAGAGAAUCAAUAUCCUGGGUAUAGCAGAUAUAAUCAAGCAUGAAGCUAGUCAUAGAACAAGUAAUUCCACUGGAAAAGUUGACAACCUUAAUGGUGGAUCAAAAAUUUUUUCUCGUUAUCUAAGACCUUCUUUUGGUUCGUGCCAUGAUUUUUGCAAAUACGGAGAAGAACGUGCCCUUGAAAUAAAGGCAAGAGGCCCCAUUUCCAUCUCAAACACAGAAACACUGGCUGAAGGCCAGGAUCUGAGAAAGAAGAAAUUGGCACUUAGUCGUACACAUUCUCUCAGUUUGAAAGCACGGAAACUUGAUGAUCACACUGUCAAGAGAGUUGUUUCAUCAUCAACUCUAAAGGGAACAAACGGCUUGGUGAGACAUAAUAGUGAUCCAAAGAUGAAGCUGAAGCUGCCAAAGCGAUCCUCUCUCCCAAAUUUGAGAUAUUCAAUUGGUGAAGGUGACAGAAAAAUUAGGAAAAGCAAGGAUAUUGAGUUGUUCAAACUUGAUGUUUGCAUUGACAAGGGAGUAGUUUCAUCACCUCUCAAGGAAACAGAUUUUUGGGUGAAACAUGCUAGCAAUCCAAUGAAUAAGCCUAUGUUGCCUCAUUUAUCAAAGCAAUCUUCUCUCCCCAUCCAUAUUUGUUCAAAUGUUGGAGGAGACAGAAAAGCUAGAAAUAGCAAGGAGACUAAGAUAUCCAAACGCGAUGAAGCCAUUGUUGAUGCAUUCAUAUCAGCAAUGAGCAAGGAAGAAACUGUUUUGGUUUCAUCACCUCUCAAGGAAAAGAAAAUAGAUGUUUCAGUGAAACAUGCAUUUGAUCCUAAGAGGAAAUCUAAUCUAUCAAAGCAAUCUUCUCUCCCAACGCAGCGAUUUUCAAAUGGUGGAGGAGACAGAAGUAGAAGAAAAAGCCAUGAAAUGAAUCUUUUAAUGAGUCCACCAGGAAGUUCGAGCAUCAAAACAAAAGUCAAAAGCAAGAACAACAGAAGCAAAGAUAUGAGGAGCUCUGGAAAGGGCAAGGGAAAGGUUGCUGAGCCAUCAUCCGUUUCUUCAUCUGCUAAACUUCCUCUCAUGAGAUCUUCGAGCUGGAAUGUUAAAAACUCUAAACACCUGAAUAAAAUUUCUCGUGUGAGUAAGAAGACUAGAAGAAAACCUGAACCUGAGCAACCCCGUAGGGAGGAUUUAACAGAGAACAAUUUGCCUGUGGUUGGACAAAAUGCUGAGGAAAAAAAUUUGACUCCCAUUAAAAAUGACGUUCCUGCAAUUGACUUGUCUCCAUCCUCACCUGCAUUCCCUGAUGACAAAAUCUUCAACACUGUUCAAAAUGGAACUCGUACUGCUCAAUUGACUCCACCCUCUGGAAAGUGGAACUCUAGACAUAGUGAAAAAAAAAUUCAUGCCAAACAAUCGCGUCGAUCCUGGCCACCAACUUCUAAGAGAAAAAGCUCAAGGGCUACUCGACUUGGAACUCGGUCUGAUACAUCUUCAUUGGCAUCUUUGUCUAUGCAUAGCGAAACUGAACUUGAAAACCAAAUAUCAGACUUGGAAAAGGAACUCAAGAAUAGGCGGUGGAAAGGUGGAACAACCAGCUUGAAAGAUGACAGUGAUCUGGGCCAAAGGCUCGCUUUCAGAAGAGGAAAGGUGAUUGACCUUCAGCCUGUGGAUAUUACUCCAAGGAGGCUAAAAUUUAAGCAAAGGGCAUUUGGUGACAGUGAAAAUGGUAUAACUGAUGCUAGUUGGAAAGCUGUGGGGAAGAAAAACUUGAGACAUAGUCGGAAGAGAAUCUAUGCCAGAAGUACUCAAAAGAGAAUUUAUGCCAGAAGGACUCAGAAUAAAAAUAAUGAUACUCAAUCACUUCCAUCCCGGCCUUCAUCUCCCCAGGAGAAAGACUUGCAAGGCACUCCAUUUGGAACUGUGGUUGCUCGAUCAUAUACAUCUUCAUUGGCAUCAUGGUCUUCAUAUGGUUAUACCUCCUCUAUAAAUGGUGAAACUGAUACCGAAAUCCUAAUAUCAGACUUGGAGAAGGAAUUUGAGAAUAGGCAUAAAAAAGGUGGAACAAUUAGCUUGAAAGAUGAAUGUGGUCCAAUCCUAAUGCUAAGUUUUCGAAGAGGAAAGGUGAUUGAGCUUCAGCCUGAGGAUAAUACUCCAAGGAGACUGAAAUUUAGGCAAAGGGCGAUUGGGGACAACCAAGAUGGUGAAGGUGAUGAUGAUGUUAGCUUAAAAACCCAUGAGAAACGAGAAUCUGAGGGAGAUGAGGUUGGCGGUUCAGAAACAGAAUCGAAGAAUGAUGUUUUGAGACAACAAGAUGUGAUAAAGGAGGAAAAAAAUCGUGGCAUUAAUUUGUCAAAUAAUGUGAUUGAAGAAACUGUAAGUGAAUUAGUGAAGACCAGGAAGAGUAAGGUGAAGGCAUUAGUGGGGGCUUUUGAAAAUUUGAUUUCUCUUCUGGAUACCAAAACUGUGGUAAUAGAUUGAGUUCCUUAAGCUUAGCUGCUUUGUGUAAAUUAAUUUUAAAUGUUAAAAAAAAAAAAAAAAAGUGUUGCAGUGGCAUAACUAGGAGAGAUUGAAUUAAGUUCUGAAAGUUCUUGAGAAGUACUUUAACUGUGUGUAUCUGUUUUUCAUAUUGGUUUGAUGAAGAGUGGUUUUCUCUUUUC